AUGGGCGAAAUUCAAAGAGGUCGUGGUGGUUUUAGAGGCGGUUCAUCAAGAGGUGGAAAUGGUGGUGGCGGUAGAGGCGGUGGUCGUGGUGGAUCAUUUAGAGGUGGUCGUGGUGGCGGUAGAGGUGGAUCAUCAUUUAGAGGUGGAAAUGGUGGCGGUCGUGGUGGUGGCGGUAGAGGUGGAUCAUUUAGAGGUAGUAGAGGUGGAUCAUUUAGAGGUGGUAGAGGUGGUUUUAAUAAUAGAAAUAGAGAUGAUAAUAAUGAACAAGAACAACAAAACAACAAUAGUAAUAAUAAUAAUAAAAUUAAUAAUAAUAAAACUAAAAAUAAAAGAACAGCUGAUGAUUUAGGUGAUGAUUUUGAAAUUGACAAUUCAUUCAACGAUAAAAAACAAAAAAAAGAAAAAUUUGACAAUGAUCCAGAAGAAAUGAAUGAUGAAGGUGUCAAUGGUACACCAAUUCGUAAAAAGCAAGAAAAACAACCAAGAAAAGAACCAAAGAAAAAGAAUUUAGGAGAUUUAGAACCAAGUAUCGAAUUUAUGAGUAAAGAAAAUCAAGCCAUUUUAUUCAGUAGAAAAUAUGCUGAAUUAUUGAAAUUAAAUAACUCUCAAGCCAUUUCAUUCAAGGAGGAACAUUUCAUCGAAGCAAAAGAUAUUGAAGGCGAUUUACCAGGCUUUUUAAAGAAUCUUCAUCCAGUUUUAGAUACAUUCCCAGAUAAAAAGAAAUAUAAAUGUCAAAAUGGUGCACCAAUUGUAACUAUUGCAACAUGUUCUGCCACAAGAGCCAUUGGUAUUUCAAAAGUUUUAAGCGAAUUUAAUAUUUUCACUAAAGUUGGUUUAUUCUUUGCAAAACAUAAGAAGAUCGAAGAGCACAUCGAUGUUUUAAAUAAAUUCCCAUUACGUAUCGCCGUUGGUACUCCAAAUAGAUUGUUCAAAUUAGCAGAAAAUGGUUGUUUAAAACUUAAAGGAUCAGUAUUACAACCAACCACCGAUAAAAAACAACAAGAAAUUAACUCUAAAAUUCAAACUGAUGAAACCACUCGUUACUUAAUCGUCGAUAAAAGCUUCAAAACUUUAAAAGGAGAAGAUCUAUUUAGAAUUUCUGGUGAAGAUUUCUUUGAAUUUUUCAAUUUUGCCUGUAAAGAUUUAGUUUUAUCUGGUCAAAUGAAAAUUGCUAUGGUUUAA